AGCAGCAGAAUGAAUUCAGAAGCUUACAGGAAAAUUUUGUCACCAAUUUACAGAGAAAUGCAUCCAAUCUAAUUGGAAGGAACUUUAUCAUGCAGCAAGACAUUGUCCCAAAACACACUGUCAACUCAACAAAGGACUUCAUCAGGGGGGAAAAGUGGAAGGUUUUAGACUGGCCAAGCCAAUCACCAGAUCUUAACCCAGUUGAGCAGUUGAGCAGCAUUUCACCCGCCCCCCGAAACAAACAGCAACUGACAAAAGCUGCAGUACAAGCCUGGAAAGCAUCCCAGGGAGCAAGGAUGCAAGCAAGGGAUUUGCAGCCAAAUAUGAAUUCUUAUUUACUUUAAAUUACUUCAAGACUUAUCUGUUCUGUUACUUUUGCGCACCUAAAAAUUGGGUCACCGUUAUCCAGAGUGACUUACAUUUAUCUCAUUCAUACAUCUGGGCAAUUGAGGGUAAAGGGCCUUGCUCAAGGGCCCAGCAAUGACCUUCUCAUGACCUUCUGAGCAGUAGACAAACACCUUCACCUCUGAGCUACCACUACCCACUGCGUUUAACACCUCUAGAUGUGAAUAUCAUGAAAUGAAAGCUGAAAUUCUGUUCUAUCGUCUCAUAUUUGGGUCCCUUUUGAUCUCAGACCCAAAUGUAUUCCAAAAACGAAAGGAAUGGCUUUGCCGUUCCAAUACUUUUGGAGGGGAUUGUAUGUAUAAUAAUGCAAAAUCCUUUUAGAUGAUGCGAGUCUUCUAAGAUGAUUUUUAACUUUGAUGCAUUUACUGAUCCGGAAUGGUUCAGAUGAUCUGCGGAGUAACAGCAUAACUGCUUAUCCAGCUGGUUGCUUCCGGUUCAUAUUUACAGUCUCUAUUUUUAACUUUGCUUCGUGUAACAUAGCUCAAGCGUCUCAGAAAAUUGCCUCAUGCGUUUUAGGAUCAAAUAGGAUCAACUUUUAAUCUUCUAACAGUGCUAAUCAACAUUGCGGGAUUUUCACAACCCCUGGGAUGCAGAGGUGUUUUUUGGGUUUUUUUUGGUAGGGGUCUGUAUGUAUGUAUGUGUGUGUGUGCGUGUGUGUGUGUGUGUGUGUGAGUGUGUGUGACUUAAUUUGAAUUUCAUUAUUAUCUCAGACCAUGCCACUACUUCCUUCCUCUGUCUGUGGCUACUCAAGGGAGACUUAAGAAUUUUCCAACUACACACAGAUUCUUUUAAGCAUCUUCUGCUUUAAUCAAAAUAAACCAGCUGGAGAUGUUGACAUUUGUAACAUAAAGGUAUAGCACAAAGCGAAAUAGAAAGAAGCUGAGUGAAACUAGCAUGCUCAGUUUGAGGAAACUGCUUAGAGGUGUUACGUGCAAUUAGUGUGAAUGACAAGCAGCUAGUGUUGCAAGGCCCUCCCACCUCUCUCUCUUUUUUUUUUUUCUGUCUCACACAAAUGCACACACUCACACACAGACCACACACAUGCCUGCAGCUCAGUUUAGAGAAACAGUGCAGUUCCUAUCUAAGUGAAGAUGGGGGGACUGAGACACCAGCACUAUGCUCUACUUCCUCUAGCACUGUCUAUACAAUCCAGCUUCUGCUCUAAUGGAACCACAAAUCAAACUAUGACGAUGGCCCACAAAAUCGCCCUGAUCAACAUCUACACCCUGGUGCUCGUGGUGGGAAGUAUCGGCGUGAUCCUAAUGAUCGGUGUGCUAAAAUCAAACAUGCGCUCAUGGACCACCGUCGCCUUUUUCAACCUGGUCUUGGUCCACUGCUUCUUCUUGGUCACCAUCCCUUUCCGCAUCUACUACUAUGUGACGAACUACUGGGACCUGACUCCUUUUUUCUGUAAAGUGGUCAGCAGCAUGAUCCACAUUCACAUGCAUGUGGUCUUUGUCAUCUACGUCAUCAUCCUCACCAUUCAUUUCUUUCAUUACUUUAAAAAAAUUGAGCAAAUGGAGUUCUAUCGGAGUAUCCAUGCCAUGGCGUUCAGCGUCAGCAUAUGGUCCGUCGUGAUCAUUGUCGGUCCUGUGACCUUAUAUCAUUAUGGGAAGCACAUGAAUGGCAACGAGAACAAAUGCUUCCACUUUGGUGGAGAGCUCAAAGAAGGACCAGUGUUAGGGUGUAACAUUUUUUUGUCGGUUUGUACAGUCAUUUUGUCGUGCGUCAUGAGCUGUAUGCUCGCACUCAUUCUCUACUUGAUGAUCAAAAAGCAUGGUGCGUCUUCAUGGGCUCAGCAGGAGUUCUGGGCUCAGAUGAAGAACGUCAGCCUCGUGCUCAUCAUCCUCUGCUGCCUGGUGCCAUAUCACCUGUAUCGGCUGUACUAUAUGACCAAUAUUUCUGCGCUACAGAAUGAAAACGAGGUGUUUCUUGCCAUCACGUCCCUUACCUGCUUCGACAUGAUGCUUGUUUUUGCAGGGAAGGGAAUAUGCCAUAGGUGCUGGGGUUGACUGCAGAAAACGCUGCUCUCUCUGGAACCUACUGUCUAACCAUUGCAGGAAAGGAGGAAGAGAACAACGGUUGUGCUUUACUGAUCGAGAUCAAACUGAGCGUUGUUGAUAUAAAGUGGUUACAGCUGUUAUGUCCCUGACUGUUACCUUAUGAGUGCUGUGUGGAGAGACAAAAACAACUUCUCAAAAUCUCUGCCGAAAGAUCCCUUUACAUUUUUGAUUCGCUUAACCUCAGGUAUUUCAAUAAUAAUAAUAAUAUUAAUAAUAAUAAUAAUUAAAGGCAGCUAGCUUGCAUAAGAUGAACUGCUAGUUUUCUUGGUAAGGUCCUUUAAAGGUGAAGUUUAAUAUUUAUAAAUUUCCUACUAAUCCAAAUUAACUAUAUAAAUAUGUAGAAAUGAUUUUUAAAAAAACCUGUUGUGUAUUAUCGGUUAUCGGGCUGAGAAACCAUCAGUGUUUUCAUCAGGAUGCUUGUCUGUAUGUACGUGUAUCUCCUGUCUGUCUUUUUACAGACACGCCCCAACUCCUCUUCACCUCAGUCUGUUCAGUCUGUUAAUGUAUCUUAAGAGCAAUGGUUCUGAAUUCACCUCCCCCCCCCCCUUAAGAAUAUUGUUACCAUGGUGGAAAUCACAACCUACUGUCAUCAAAUAUAUCAUAUUUAUUAUAGUGUUCAGUUGUCUCUUGUAUAUUUGAAUAAAUAGCCUAAUAUUUAAAUUGUUUGGAUCGUGUUUCAUUUAUUUUACAGUUAAAGGGGUCUCUAGAUGAAAAAAGGUUUGAGUACACAUGCUUUAAAAAAAAAAAAAAGCAAGGAAAGGAGAACUUAAAGGAAGGAGAAGGCUACGUGGUGUAAAUUGAGGAUUUGGUGCCUUCUGCUGUCUAACACAGAGAAAUGCAAAUACAAUAACUGCAAAAAAAAAAAAAAAAAGCAAAUAGA